AUGGCCCAGGUGGACCCCCAGGACAGGUGGGGUGAGGUGUCUCCUCUCUGCAGCUUGACCCAGGAGGCUCAUGACCCCCGGAUGCUGAGCAUGAACUCAGAGAGUGAGGAUGAGGAUGGUGGGGAGGCAGGAGACAAAGGGAGCACUGGUGACCCUGAUCACCAGGCCCUAUCAAGGGCCGGCUCCCAAGUGACCCAGGACAAACCUGACUUGUGGUGGCAGCAUCCGCCCAGCGAGAAGGAAGAGAAAGUCUCUGACUCCUUUGGUCCUGGGAGUGUGGAGAAGAAACCUAUGGCUACCCCAGGGAAGAAGGCCAGCUGGGGAAGAGAUGAGUCCAAGAUCACCCAGGCCCAGGACGCCCCCGGAGCAAGCACGGCUCCAGGUGCCCUCCCCAGCGGCCUCUCACACAAGUUCUUAGGUCAGAUGCAACCUCCCAGAGGCUCAUUACCUGCAGGCGAUGAUGGAGGCUUGAGGGCAAACCUGGACGCCGCCUUGGGUAUCCCAUCUAGCUUCCCUGGUACUGGAAGGUAUUUCUGUGCACAGAAGGAUGUAGACACGUCCUCAAACAACGCCUCUCCGGCGUGUUUCCCCAAGCUUGGGGGCAGUUGGGACCUCCCCACGCAAGGGAGACGCACACCAGUCCAGGCGUCGGCCACCCCAGGCAGCCUGGCAGCGGCAACGCUGGCGAAAGUGCGGACGGGCGGGAACGGCCAGGACCCAGUGGGCCCGGGGGAAGGCGGGAAGGAGGAGGUGCGUCCCUACAAGUGCCUGCGAGGUGGGCGGGCCUUCCAGAAGCCCAGCAACGCGCUGAGCCCCGCCCCGACGCGGGGCUCCAAGCCUUACGCGUGCGAGCUGUGCGGGAAGGCCUACUCCCACCGGGGCACGCUCCAGCAGCACCGGCGGCUGCACACGGGCGAGCGGCCCUACCGGUGCCCGUUCUGCGACAAGGCCUACACCUGGUCCUCGGACCACCGCAAGCACAUCCGCACCCACACGGGCGAGAAACCCUACCCGUGCCCGGACUGCGGGAAGGCCUUCGUGCGCUCCUCAGAUCUGCGCAAACACCAGCGCAACAUGCACAGCAACAACAAGCCCUUCCCGUGCGCCGAGUGUGGCCUGACCUUCAACAAGCCGCUGUCGCUGCUGCGCCACCAGCGCACGCACUUAGGCGAGAAGCCCUUCCGCUGCCCCGCCUGUGACAGGGAGUUCGCCGUGGCCAGCCGAAUGAUGGAGCACCAGCGUGUGCACUCCGGCGAGCGGCCCUUCCCCUGCCCCACCUGCGGCAAGUGCUUCACCAAAUCCUCCAACCUGAUCGAGCACCAGACGCUGCACACUGGCCAGAGGCCCUUCAAGUGCGCCGACUGCGGCGUGGCCUUCGCGCAGCCCUCGCGCCUUGUGCGCCACCAGCGCAUCCACACCGGCGAGAGGCCCUUUCCUUGCGCGCAGUGCGGCCAGGCCUUUGCCCGCUCCUCCACCCUGAAGCGGCACCAACAGAUCCACUCCGGGGAGAAGGGCUUCCUCUGUGCCGAGUGUGGCAGGGCCUUCCGCAUUGCCUCGGAGCUGGCCCAGCACAUUCGGGUGCACAACGGGGAAAGGCCCUACCAGUGUGAGGACUGCGGCCAGGCCUUCACCCGCUCCAAUCACCUCCGACGACACCGAGCCAAGCACUGCACUUGCAAGAAGGAGCCCAUGCCCUCCUCCUCUGACGAGUGAGGGCUUCUUCAGUUAACUCUCAGGGAAGCCGAAG